GUUGUCAAUUCCCAAACAAAGAAUGGUGCCACACCCCUCUACCUGGCCUGCCAGGAGGGUCACCUGGAGGUCGUCCAAUACCUGGUGAAGGACUGCGGGGCGGAGCCGAGCAUCAGAGCCAAUGACGGGAUGACACCUCUGCAUGCUGCCGCCCAAAUGGGCCAUAACACUGUCAUUGUCUGGCUGGUAGGUAAAUUGUCCUGAUUCAUACUGUCUGUUUUUGUCAUUUCUUCUACUGUAUUUGUUGUACUAUUGUAUAGUGUAUUUGGGUCCUAGACAACCGUUAAAUAAAUCCACUGUGGGUGUACAUAGGGCUGUUGCGGUGACCGUAUUACCGCCACACUGGCAGUCAUGAGUCAUGACCGCAGUCAAAAUCCACGUGACCGUUGAGUCAUGGUAAUCUCCUUUUAUGCACUCUGGACAUGCGUUGGUAGUACCCAACUCACUAACGACCAUCUGGUCGCUAAUGACCUGGUACUCCGUGCUCUGUUGUCCCUCUAACCACUCUGACAUCAUUGCAAAUGCAAUCGAAAAUCACAUCAAACAUUUAUCAUCAAAACAGCAUCAUGCUUUUAAAACUCACCUCACUGUGAUUGAUCAAUUUGAAGAAAGAAGUUCAACAACCGGUUGAAACUGAGUGGAAAACAUGGUCCUUGUGGAUGUUGUUUCAAAGCCUAAGACAACAAAAUGGACUGCUUUCUAAGGUGAUGAUUAAUUCAAAACACUAUAUGCAUAUUAGAGUUUAUGCAUACGCAUAGGCCUAUAUAUGAGCCGAAGCCUGAAAAAAAUAUUACAAAAAUAUGGAAUUAAAAUAAUUAUAGUGGCGUUAUACAAUACAUAGCCUACGCAUGGCAGAAAACAUGAAAUUAUAUUUUAAGAUAAUUGGUCUAGGCUAUACUCCAAAAUUAAACAAAUUCUAGCAGUCGCCUUUGAGUGUGGACUGUUAUUAUGCAACCUGUAUGGACUGGUUACCUUAUGCUACGCUCCAAACGUUCUAUUCAUGAGUCUGGGAGAGAACUUAGGCCUAGGCGAUGCUGUUGGUUCAUUGAUUGAGCAGCGCGGCAUACUCAGUUAGCCUACCAUUAUAGUGAAUUGGAUUUUGAAUUGCCUAGUAAUAGUGAUUUUUUUUAUAUUUUCAUAAUUAAUAGACUGACACAUUACCUUUUUAGCUACAUAAUAUCUCACCACCAAGCCAAAAAAAGUAGAUUAAGAUGACGUCUAAUGGAUACAUAACAUCAGAGAGGAAGAGGCGAAGCGAGAGGAUUUACUCCACCGAAAACCUGUCCGCUUGAGACCAGCUCUUUAUUUGAAUGGAGGUCUAUGAGAGAGUGUUGAAUUACGUGAGUCUUAUUUGAUCGAAUAGAAGUUCCGUAAUGUUUAUUCUGUUACAAAUGUAGUGAUAGAAGUGGAUUCACAUGGCAUUCCGGCAACUUUGAGAAAAAUGAAUUUGUUGUGCCUGUUGUUCACACGCGCAUCUGCCCUCUCAUUGGCUAGAGUGGUCCCACCUGAUCUCACUUGCCUUCACUCAUUGAGGACAUGUAUUUCCAUAGUUAGAGCGGUCACUUGGCUAUCUUGUCAAUAUAAUAUAUAAUCUUUGAUAACACAGUUUGAGCUACCUUCAAGGCUGACCAGGCUACUGCAGGCUGCCAUUAGCAACUAAAAUGUAUCCUUAACUUCUUCUGUGUGCGACUUUAAAGAUAAUCAGUUCAAGGACAUACAGUUAGUCGGAGGUUUACAUACACCUUAGCCAAAUACAUUUAAACUCAGUUUUUCACAAUUCCUGAGAUUUAAUCCUAGUCAAAAUUCCCUGUCUUAGGUCAGUUAGGAUCACCACUUUAUUUUAAAAAUGUGAAAUGUCAAAAUAAUAGUAGAGAAUGAUUUAUUUCAUCACAUUCCCAGUGUGUCAGAAGUUUACAUACUCUCAAUUAGUAUUUGGUAGCAUUGCCUUUAAAUUGUAUAACUUGGGUCAAAUGUUUCAGGUAGCCUUCCACAAGCUUCCCACAAUAAGUUGGGUGAAUUUUGGCCCAUUCCUCCUGACAGAGCUGGUGUAACUGAGUCAGGUUUGAAGGCCUCCUUGCUCACACACACUUUUUCAGUUCUGCCCACACAUUUUCUAUAGGAUUGAGGUCAGGGCGCUGUGAUGGCCACUCCAAUACCUUGACUUUGUUGUCCUUAAGCGAUUUUGCCACAACUUUGGAAGUAUGCUUGGGGUCAUUGUCCAUUUGGAAGACCCAUUUGCGACCAAGCUUUAACUUCCUGACUGAUGUCUUGAUGUUGCUUCAAUAUAUCCACAUCAUUUUCCUUCCUCAUGAUGCCAUCUAUUUUGUGAAGUGCGCCAGUCCCUCCUGCAGCAAAGCAGCCCCACAGCAUGAUGCUGCCACCCCCGUGCUUCACGGUUGGGAUGGUGUUCUUCGGCUUGCAAGCCACCCCCUUUUUCCUCCAAACAUAACGAUGGUCAUUAUGGCCAAACACUUCUAUUUUUGUUUCAUCAGACCAGAGGACAUUUGUCCAAAAAGUACGAUCUUUGUCCCCAUGUGCAUUUGCAAACCGUAGUCUGGCUUUUUUAUGGCGGUUUUGGAGCUGUGGCUUCUUCCUUGCUGAGCGGCCUUUCAGGUUAUGUCGAUAUAGGACUCAUUUUACUGUGGAUAUAGAUACUUUUGUACAUGUUUCCUCCAGCAUCUUCACAAGGUAAUUUGCUGUUGUUCUGGGAUUGAUUUGCACUUUGCACACCAAAGUAUGUUAAUGUCUAGGAGACGGAACACGUCUCCUUCCUGAGCGGUAUGACGGCUGUGUGGUCCCGUGGUGUUUAUACUUGCGUACUAUUGUUUGUACAGAUGAACGUGGUACCUUCAGGCGUUUUGAAAUUGCUCCGAAGGAUGAACCAGACUUGUGGAGGUAAAAAAAAAGAAAUCUCAGGUCUUUGCUGAUUUCUUUUGAUUUUCUCAUGAUGUCAAGCAAAGAGGCACUGAGUUUGAAGGUAGGCCUUGAAAUACAUCCACAGGUACACCUCCAAUUGACUCAAAUAAUGUCAAUUAGCCUAUCAGAAGCUUCUAAAGCCAUGACAUCAUUUUCUGGAAUUGUCCAAGCUGUUUAAAGGCACAGUCAACUUAGUGUAUGUAAACUUCUGACCCACUGGAAUUGUGAUACAGUGAAAUAAUCUGUCUGUAAAGAGUUGUUGGAAAAAUUACUUGUGUCAUGCACAAAGUAGAUGUUCUAACCGACUUGCCAAAACUAUAGUUUGUUAACAAGAAAUUUGUGGAGUGGUUGAAAAACGGGUUUUAUUGACUCCAACAUAAGUGUAUGUAAACUUCCGACUUUAACUGUACAUCUGGUGUCAUUUUUAUGGAUACAGUAUAUACAAAGAACUAUCAAUAGAAAACAGGUCAAAUGAAACAAAGUGCAGCUAGUUUGCGGUCUUUCCAGCUUCAGUUUGAAGUGAUUGUGUUAGCUGUGUUGUUGGCUAGUUCCUCUGAACAUCAGUGUCCUGACGAGAGAGCACAUUUUCUUCGCCAGGUGAAAUUGCACCUCGACAACACCCAUGCCAAUAUAUCCUCCAAACACUGGCUUCUCUGUCAUUAUCACGUAAUUGUAUAAAACAUUCACCUGACAUUGCAAGAACAUUCCCAGAAAACAUUUUGUCUGUUCUUAAAGGUUCUAAGAAUGUUUCAUUAGGUUGUGGGAACAGUCUGGUAGGAACAUUGUGGGGACAUCACAAAAGAUAUGUUCCCAAAACACAAAAACUGUCCAGUUGUGCAGAUGAUUAUACAAUGUUUCUUUCUGUGCAAAAAAAACAUUUACCUGAUAUUACAAGAAAAUUCCCUGAACAAAUGUUUUAUGUUCUUACUUUUUUUUUUUAAGCAUAGCCUACUGUAAUCGAUCGCACACAGCAAACCAUCACGUGAUUUCGCAUUACAGACCAAAAAGUCUUGCAGGUCUACGUAAAUCCAUGACUCUUGCAAUUAACAUGUGACUCACAUAGACCGACACAUAAUAAACUAUAGGCCUAUAGCUUCAUUAAUAGACUAUGAGACUAGAACAUAAUGCCCUGAUAUGACCAUAAUAAUCGCAAUAGUUUCAAGUUUUAAUGUCACAUGCACAAGUACAGUGAAAUGCCUUUCUUGCAAACUCUAAACCUAACCAUGCAAUCAUCAAUAACAACGUAUUACUAGAAAAUGAAAUGCACAAUAAAGUAAGCAUACUAUAUACAGGAAAUAUUUGUCAAAAUCAGUUCCAGUAUCAUAUUUACAAUGUGCAGGGAUAGUGGAGUGAUGGAGGUAGAUAUGUAUAGAGGUAAGGGGACAAGGCAACAGGAUAUAAGAUGAAGAGUAGCAGCAGCUUGUAUAUGAGUGGGUGUGCGGGUGUGUAGAGUCAGUGCAUUCGGAAAGUAUUCAGACCCAUUAACUUUUUUCACAUUUUAUUACGUUACAGCCUUAUUCUGAAAUGGAUUCUAUUAUUUUUUUCCUCAUUUCCUCACACACAAUACCCCAUAAUGACAAAGUGAAAACAGGUUUGAAGAAAUGUUUGCAAAUGUAUUAAAAAUGAAUAACAGUUACCUUAUAUACAAAAGUAUUCAGGCCCUUUGCUAUGAGACUCGAAAUUGAGCUCAGGUGCAUCCUGUUUCCAUUGAUCAUCCUUGAUGUUUCUACAACUUGAUUGGAGUCCACCUGUGGUAAAUUCAAUUGAUUGGACAUGAUUUGUCACUGACAACCUCCCUGUAGGCUGACUCAUCAUGUUGUCAGCGAACUUGAUGAUGGUGUUGGAGUCAUGCGUGGCCACGCAGUCGUGGGUGAACAGGGAGUACAGUAGGGGACUAAGCACACACACCUGUGGGGCCCCUGUGUUAAGGGUCAGCGUGGUGGAGGUGAUGUUGUCUACCCUCACCACCUGGGGUUGGCCUGUCAGGAAGUCCAGAGUCCAGUUGUAGAUGCAGGUGUUCACACCAGAGUCCUAAGCUUGGUGACGAGCUUCGAGGGGACAAUGGUGUUGAACGCUGAGCUGUAUUCAAUGAACAUCAUUCUCACAUAGGUAUUCCCCUUAUCUAGGUCGGUGAGGGCAGUGUGAAGAGCAAUUGAGAUUGUCCUAUAUGGAUCUGUUGCGGUGCUAUGCAAAUCUUAGGAACAGGAAUGAUUGUGGUCAUCUUAAAACGUGGGGAUUACAAACUGGGACAAGAAUAGUUUGAAUAUUACUGUGAAUAUGCCUGCCAGCUGUUCUGCGCACGCUCUGAGCACGCACCCUGGAAUACCGUCGAAGCCCGCGGCCUUGCGGGUGUUGACCUGAUUAAAGACCGUUCUCACGUCGGCCUCGGGGUCGGUGAUGCCGCUCACUCCCGGCUCGAUGUUAUGAAAGCGUGCAUAAACUGCAUUGAGUUCGUCUGGUAGAGAGGCAUCGUUGGGCAGAUCACGGUUGGUUCUUCCUUUGUAAUCCGUAAUGGACUGUAGCCCCUGCCGCAUGCGGUGAGUGUCGGAGCCUGUGUAAUAUGAUUCCACCUUAUUCCUAUAUUGUCCUUUUGCUCGUUUGAUGACUCUGCGGAGGUCAUAGCGGGACUUCUCGUACUUAUUCCUGUCCUCGGCCGUAGCAUCAGUGUUGUCGACGGAUGAGGGAGGGCGUUGUAUGCUUGCUUGUGGGUAGAAUAGCAGUGGUCUAGGACUUUAUUGCCCCUAGUGGCGUUGGAAACAUUGAUGGAAGUUGGGCAUCACGUGUCUUAGUGACAUCGAAUUAAAAUCGCUGGCAACCAGAAAGGCAGCCUCUGGGUGUAGGUUUUCCUGCGUGUUUAUAUCCUUGUACAGUUGAGGACCUUUGAGGCGUCUUUUUUCUCAAACUAGACACUCUUGUAUGAGAUCUUCAGCUUCUUGGCAAUUUCUUGCAUGGAAUAGCCUUAAUUUCUCAGAACAAGAAUAGACUGACGAGUUUCAGAAGAAAGUUAUUUGUUUCUGGCCAUUUUUUGCAUGUAAUCGAACCCACAAUUGCUGAUGCUCCAGAUACUCACCUAGUCUGAAGAAGGCCAGUUGUAUUGCAUCUUUAUCCAGCACAACAGUUUUCAGCUGUGCUAACAUAAUUGCAAAAGGGUUUUCUAAUGAUCAAUUAGCCUUUUUAAAAUGAUAAACUUGGAUUAGCAAACACAACGUGCCAUUGGAACACAGGACUGAUGGUUGCUGAUAAUGGGCCUCUGUACGCCUAUGUAGAUAUUCCAUAAAAAAUCAGCCGUUUCCAGCUACAAUAGCCAUUUACAACAUUAACAAUGUCUGCACUGUAUUUCUGAUCAAUUUGAUGUUAUUUUAAUGGACCAAAAAUUUGCUUAUCUUUCGAAAACAAGGACAUUUCUAAGUGACCCCAAACUUUUGAACGGUAGUUUAUGUAUUUUUUUUACAUUACAGAAGGUUCAGAACUAGAAAGUAUUGAUCAUAUUUUACAUAUAGGAAAAAAUAAAAAAAUAAGAGGGCCUCCACCCCCAACCUCCCAUCCCAUUCAUCCAGCCCCCCCCAUGUUUUCCACCCCUUUCCCCCCCUAGCAACUAGAGUUGCUUGUCAGUCACUCCCCCCUCCCGAAGACCAAAUAAAACCCACCCCUUCCAGGUAGGCCUGAAAUCAAAGAAAGUAAAAAAGAUGAAAAUGGGUAUAUACAGGCGUCCUUCCGAAGUCAGUUGCCGGAGAGGAAGGAAAUCACUCAGGGAUUUCACCCUGAGGCCAAUGAUGACUAAAAAACAGUUAAUUUAAUGAAUGUGAUAGGAGAAAACUGAGGAUGGAUCAACAACAUUGUAGUUACUCCACAAUACUAACCUAAUUGACAGUGAAAAGGAAGCCUGUACAAAAUAAAAAUAUUUGAAAACAUGCACUAAAGUAAUACUCCAAAAAAUUUGGUAAAGCAAUUAACUUUUUGUCCUGAAUACAAGCGUAUUGUUUGGGGCAAAUCCAACAACCCAUCACUGAGUCCCACUCUUCAUAUUUUCAAGUAUAGUGAUGGCUGCAUCAUGUUAUGGGUAUGUUUGUAAUCAUUAAGGACUGGGUAGUUUUUCAGACACUGGGAGAUGAGUUCUCCUUUCAGCUGGACAAUAACCUAAAAUAUCAGGGCAAAUCUACACGAGUUGCUUACCAAGACGACCGUGAAUGUUCCUGAGUGGCCGGGUUAAAGUUUGGACUUAAAUCUGCUUGAAAAUCUAUGGCAAGACUUAAAUGGUUGUCUAUCAAUGAUCAACAACCAAUUUGACAGAGUUUGAAUAAUUCUGAAAAUAAUAAUGGGCAAAUGUUUCACAAUCCAGGUGUGGAAAGCUCUUAGAGACUUUACCCAGAAAGACUCAAAGCUGUAAUCGCUACCAAAGGUGCUUCUACAAAGUAUUGACUUGGGUGUGAAUGUAUUUCAUUUUCAAUGCAUUUGUUAAAAUCUCUAAAAACAUGUUUUCACUUUGUCAUUAUGGGGUAUUGUGCGAAGAAGGGGGAGGAGAAAAAAUCAAUUUAAUCGAUUUUGAAUUCAGGCUGUAACACAAUAUAAUGUGGAAUAAGUCAAGGGGCAUGAAUACUUUCUGAAGGCACUGUAUAUAUUUUGUAUGCAUGUGUUGGGCUUUAUAGUUUGUUUAUUUGUAUGUGUUGGGCUUUAGCUGAUAUUUAUUCUUUAGAGUCAAGUACAGUGGGGAGAAAAAGUAUUUGAUACACUGCCGAUUUUGCAGGUUUUCCUACUUACAAAGCAUGUAGAGGUCUGUAAUUUGUAUCAUAGGAACACUUCAACUGUGAGAGACAGAAUCUAAAACAAACAUCCAUAAAAUCACAUUGUAUGAUUUUUAAGUAAGUAAUUUGCAUUUUAUUGCAUGACAUAAGUAUUUGAUCACCUACCAACCAGUAAGAAUUCCGGCUCUCACAGACCUGUUAGUUUUUCUUUAAGAAGCCCUCCUGUUCUCCACUCAUUACCUGUAUUAACUGCACCUGUUUGAACUCGUUACCUGUAUAAAAGACACCUGUCCACACACUCAAUCAGCAAGGGGCAUGUCCAGGCCCGUCUGAAGUUUGCCAAUGACCAUCUGGAUGAUCCAGAGGAGGAAUGGGAGAAGGUCAUGUGGUCUGAUGAGACAAAAAUUGAGCUUUUUGGUCUAAACUCCACUCGCCGUGUUUGGAGGAAGAAGAAGGAUGAGUACAACCCCAAGAACACCAUCCCAACCGUGAAGCAUGGAGGUGGAAACAUCAUUCUUUGGGGAUGCUUUUCUGCAAAGGGGACAGGACGACUGCACCGUAUUGAGGGAAGGAUGGAUGGGGUCAUGUAUCGCGAGAUCUUGGCCAACAACAACCUUCCCUCAGUAAGAGCAUUGAAGAUGGGUCGUGGCUGUGUCUUCCAGCAUGACAAUGACCCAAAACACACAGCCAGGGCAACUAAGGAGUGGCUCCGUAAGAAGCAUCUCAAGGUCCUGGAGUGGCCUAGCCAGUCUCCAGACCUGAACCCAAUAGAAAAUCUUUGGAGGGAGCUGAAAGUCCGUAUUGCCCAGCGACAGCCCCGAAACCUGAAGGAUCUGGAGAAGGUCUGUAUGGAGGAGUGGGCCAAAAUCCCUGCUGCAGUGUGUGCAAACCUGGUCAAGAUCUACAGGAAACGUAUGAUCUCUGUAAUUGCAAACAAAGGUUUCUGUACCAAAUAUUAAGUUCUGCUUUUCUGAUGUAUCAAAUACUUAUGUCAUGCAAUAAAAUGCAAAUGAAUAACUUAAAAAUCAUCCAAUGUGAUGUAAAUUAAACACCUAUAAUCUAAGGGAAGUCAACUAACAAAUGGCAGCUCGCGAUACCUACUGUUCAACCUCUACUUUUGUCCGUUGCAGAUGAGCUUCACAGAGAUCAGCCUGUCAGACCAGGACGGUGACGGUGCCACGGCCAUGCACUUUGCCGCCAGCCGCGGCCAUGCCAAGGUGCUCAGCUGGCUGCUACUGCACGGCGGCGAGAUCAUCACCGACAGCUGGGGUGGAACGCCGCUACACGACGCCGCCGAGAACGGGGAGCUGGAGGUGUGUUUGUGUGUGUGUGUGUGUGUGUGUGUGGGUUGCCAGUUUAUAACCGUAUAUAGGGAGGGAUCUGUAGGAGAGGUGUCUAUAGGAGAGCACAUGACAAUGGGUCAAUGGGUUUAGACACCAUAUAGGGCUGUGUGUGAGGCUAGUCAAGACAGCAAGGGGGAUGGGAAUUACAUUUACAUUUUACAUUUACGUCAUUUAGCAGACGCUCUUAUCCAGAGCGACUUACAAAUUGGUGCAUUCACCCUAUAGCCAGUGGGAUAACCACUUUACAAUUUUUUUUUUUAUUAUUAUUUUUUUUUUUUUAGGGUUGGGGGGUAGAAGGAAUUACACAGGUAACUUCAUACAAGUCGAGAAAUAGCCCAGUGGGCACAUUACACCAUGCGUUUGAGUGAGUGCAGCAAGUUGAUAUUGUUUCCCUUCCUAACGUUAGAUGCAAAGUUAUUUUUUUUACGAGCUGACAUCCGUCUUUGUUGUCUCUCUCUCUCUUCCAGUAUCUCUUUCUUUUGCAGUAGUUUCUGACUCUCUCUCCUUCUCCCCCUCCUCUCUCUCUCAAUUUCUCUGUUGUUGAUGAUUGUUGUUAGUAUGUUAGCCUACUGUUUUUAUGUUUUCUGUAUGUUUGCUAUGAAUAUGAGCCGCAUGCUUGUAUUUGUUAAGGAUCCCCAUUAGCUGAUUUCAAGGCAGCAGCUACUCUUCAUGGGGUCCAGAAACAUUAAGGCAGUUAUAUAUUUUAUUACAUUUCAAAAGACUUUUCACAACACAUUAAGUGUGUGCCUUCAGGCCUCUACUCUACUACCACAUAUCUACAAUACAAAAUCCAUGUGUACGUGUGUGUAGAGUGCGUGUCUUAUCAUGAGGGAAGGAUGGUCAAUUGUAAAGUGUAAAGUGGUUAUCCCACUGGCUAUAGGGUGAACGCACCAAUUUGUGAGUCGCUCUGGCUAAGAGCGUCUGCUAAAUGACGUUAAUGUGCCCUUGAGCAAGGCACUUAACCCUAAUUGCUCCUGUAAGUCGCUCUGGAUAAGAGCGUCUGCUAAAUGACUAAAAUGUAAAUGUAAAUGUAAAUGUAAUGUAAAUGUGUAAGCGUGUGUCUGUGCCUGUGUUUUUCUUCACAGUCCCUGCUGUUCCAUAAGGUGUUUUUUAAAUCUGAUUCUACUCCUUGCAUCAGUUACCUGAUGUGGAAUAGAGUUCCAUCUAGCCAUGGCUCUACAUAGUACUGUGUGCCUCCCAUAGUCUGUUCUUGACUUGGGGAUCGUCAAGAGACCUCUGGUGGCAUGUCUUAUGGGGUAUGCAUGGGUGUCUGAGCUGUGUGCUAGUAGUUUAAACAGACACCUCGGCGCAUUCAGCAUGUCAACACUUCUUACAAAAACAAGUAGUGAUGAAGUCAAUCUCUCCUCCACUUUGAGCCAUGAGAGAUUUACAUGCAUAUUAUUGUUAGCUCUUCGUGUACAUUUAAGGGCCAGCCGUGCUGCCCUGUUCUGAGCCAAUUGUAAUUGUCCGAGGUCCCUCUAUGUGGCACCUGUCCACUAGACUGAAUAGUAGUCCAGGUGCGACAAAACUGUAGGACCUGCCUUGUUGAUAGUGUUGUUAAAAAGCCAGAGCAGCGCUUUAUUAUGGACAGACUUCUCCCCAGCUUAGCUACUGUUGUAUCAGUAUGUUUUGACCAUGACAGUUUACAAUCCAGGGUUACUCCAAGCAGUUUAGUCACCUCGACUUGCUCAAUUUCUACAUUAUUUAUUGCAAGAUUUAGUUGAGGUUUAGGGUUUAGUGAAUGAUUUGUCCCAAAUACAAUGCUUUUAGUUUUUGAAAUAUUUAGAACUAACUUAUUCCUUGCCACCCAUUCUGAAACUAACUUUGUUAAGUGUUGCAGUGAUUUCACUCGCUGUAGUAGCUGACAUGUAUAGUGUUGAGUCAUCCGCAUACAUAGACACACUGGCUUUACUCAAAGCCAGUAGCAUGUCAUUAGUAAAGAUUGAGAAAUGUAAAGGGCCUAGACAGCUGCCCUGGGGAAUACCUGAUUCUACCUGGAUUAUGUUGGAGAGGCUUCCAUUAAAGAACACCCUCUGUGUUCUGUUAAACAGGUAACUCUUUAUCCUCAAUAUAGCAGGGGGUGGAAAGCCAUAACACACCUUUUUCCAGCAGCAGACCAUGAUCGAUAAUGUCAAAAGCCGCACUGAAGUCUAACAAAACAGCUCCCACAAUCUUUUUAUCAUCAAUUUCUCUUUGUGUAAGUGUCGUGCUUGUUGAAUGUCCUUCCCUAUAAGCGUGCUGAAAGUCUGUCAAUUUGUUUACAGUAAAAUAGUAUUGUAUCUGGUCAAACACCAUUUUUUCCAAAAGUUUACUAUGGGUUGGUAACAGGCUGAUUGGUCAGCUAUUUGAGCCAGUAAAGGGGGCUUUACUAUUCUUGGGUAGUGGAAUUACGUUUGCUUCCCUCCAGGCCUGUGGGCACACACUUUCUAGUAGGCUUAGAUUGAAGAUAUGGCAAAUAGGAGUGGCAAUAUCGUCCGCUAUUAUCCUCAGUAAUUUUCCAUCCAAGUUGUCAGACGCAGGUGGCUUGUCAUUGUUGAUGGGUGCAUGAUUAUUAGUAACUGGAAUAAGCAAUUUCAUAAAUGUGUCAAGUGCAGCCUCUGGGUUGCUCCUCAUUACACACCACCGACCAACAAACAUUAUUUACAUCAACAACAUAGCAAUCACUACAAAACUUAUUGUAUGACCUCUUAUACACUAUAUUAGGCCCAGCCUUUGGAACUUUGGUUUUCCUAGUAAUGGCUACUAUAUUGUGAUCACUACAUCUGAUGGAUUUGGAUACUGCUUUAAAGCACAUUUCUGCAGCAUUAGUAAAGAUGUGGUGUAUAUAUAUGUUGACGAUUUCAUUCCUGUGCUGUCUGUAAGUACCCUGGUAGGUUGACUGAUAACCUGAACCAGGUUUUAGGCACUGGUUACAGUUUUGAAGCUUUUUCUUGAGUGGGCAACUUGAUGAAAGCCAGUCAGUAUUUAAAUCACCCAGAAAAAUAUACCUGUAAGCCGAAGGCUUGGGCGGUAUACCGGGGUAUUUGGAAAUGGCCACGGGAUGUUUUUUCAAUUCCGUCAGUACCGUUGAAACUAUAUAUUUGAUGUUUAUUACAUUUGAAUAUUUGUAGCUACUUUUUAAGUAAAUAUCUGCGGUCAACUUGUGCAAAACGUCAGGAGAUAAAGCAGAUUGCGUUAUUAAUUUCACCUGCCACAUUAGUUUUCAUUAUGAAGCUUACCGGUAGUCCCCAAUCACAUGGUGUUUGUUUACAAGCACACAUCAACGAGAGACUGGAUCCUUGUGAGUCACUCACUGUUGUGCAGCACGCCAGGAUAUCUAGUUACAGUAUUGAAUUCACAACUAAAUGUUUGCCAGCUAGAUAUCUUAUGACUAUUAAGUUGACCGUGUAAAAUGUGCUAAAUGCUCUGCAGUUGUGCAUUUGGUUUGCAAAUGUAGUACCUAGUUAUCUAGCUAAGUGGUUAGCUUCUAGCAAAAUCAAGCUUCUUUUGGUGACAGCAGAGAAUCCCGCCCUGGAUCAAGAGCCUUGCUGUCUAAUAUUUAUUUUGUGGCAAACUGAGUAGCAUUUUUUUUGUUACUUGUAUAACUUUGAGCUGGGAUGUCUGUCCUGCAAAUAGUUUGUCAGAGACUGCAUAAAAUGUUCACAAUGCGCUCGUUAGCAUGUAGCUAGCAUUCACUAUGGGAUUUAACAUGUACUUGUUAGCAUUGCUAACCUUCGGAUUCAGAGGCUCAGUGGGGUUUGAAAAUAGCGCCCCUUGUGUGCAGUGCCGGUAUUACCGAAUAUCCCGGGAUGUCAAAAGGUCGGAAUGAAGGUUUGACAAUCUGCUUACUCCUAAAAAGAACGGACAAUAACAUUUUUUUCUUUCUCUCCCUCCCCUCUCUUUCUCUCUCUCUCCCAGUGCUGUCAGAUCCUGGUGGUGAAUGGGGUGGACCUGGGCAUACGGGACCAGGACGGCUUCUCGUCGGCCGACCUGGCAGAGUACAACGGGCACGCCCAGUGUGCCAAGUACCUGCGCACUGUUGAGAACAUGGUGAGACACAUGAUUCAUUCAAUAGGAUGCACUGUAGUGAAAAAAAAUUAUACGGAAAACGAAAAUUAGAGUUUCUUAUUGGACAACUUCAAGUAGUCAGUUUUCUUCCUCUGGUGCCUAAUGAAUACAACCCACCCAGGUAAAAUGCGUAGGGGGAAACCUAGAUGAGACUAAGAUUAAGUAUAUUCCAGCCAGGGCACGAUAUUAACUUUUCAUUGGUAGCACUGGUGCUCAUACAUUUAAAAAGUAUGGAGCACCAGAAAGAAAUACAGUGGGGGAAAAAAGGAUUUAGUCAGCCACCAAUUGUGCAAGUUCUCCCACUUAAAAAGAUGAGAGGCCUGUAAUUUUCAUCAUAGGUACACGUCAACUAUGACUGACAAAUGGAGGAAAAGAAAUCCAGAAAAUCACAUUGUAGGAUUUUUAAUGAAUUUAUUUGCAAAUUUUGGUGGAAAAUAAGUAUUUAGUCACCUACAAACAAGCAAGAUUUCUGGCUCUCACAGACCUGUAUCUUCUUCUUUAAGAGGCUCCUCUGUCCUCCACUCGUUACCUGUAUUAAUGGCACCUGUUUGAACUUGUUAUCAGUAUAAAAGACGCCUGUCCACAACCUCAAACAGUCACACUCCAAACUCCACUAUGGCCAAGACCAAAGAGCUGUCAAAGGACACCAGAAACAAAAUUGUAGACCUGCACCAGGCUGGGAAGACUGAAUCUGCAAUAGGUAAGCAGCUUGGUUUGAAGAAAUCAACUGUGGGAGCAAUUAUUAGGAAAUGGAAGACAUACAAGACCACUGAUAAUCUCCCUCGAUCUGGGGCUCCACGCAAGAAUGACCUGCAGAGAGCUGGGACCAAAGUAACAAAGCCUACCAUCAGUAACACACUACGCCGCCAGGGACUCAAAUCCUGCAGUGCCAGACGUGUCCCCCUGCUUAAGCCAGUACAUGUCCAGGCCCGUCUGAAGUUUGCUAGAGUGCAUUUGGAUGAUCCAGAAGAGGAUUGGGAGAAUGUCAUAUGGUCAGAUGAAACCAAAAUAUAACUUUUUGGUAAAAACUCAACUCGUCGUGUUUGCAGGACAAAGAAUGCUGAGUUGCAUCCAAAGAACACCAUACCUACUGUGAAGCAUGGGGGUGGACACAUCAUGCUUUGGGGCUGUUUUUCUGCAAAGGGACCAGGACGACUGAUCCGUGUAAAGGAAAGAAUGAAUGGGGCCAUGUAUCGUGAGAUUUUGAGUGAAAACCUCCUUCCAUCAGCAAGGGCAUUGAAGAUGAAACGUGGCUGGGUCUUUCAGCAUGACAAUGAUCCCAAACACACCGCCCGGGCAACGAAGGAGUGGCUUCGUAAGAAGCAUUUCAAGGUCCUGGAGUGGCCUAGCCAGUCUCCAGAUCUCAACCCCAUAGAACAUCUUUGGAGGGAGUUGAAAGUCCAUGUUGCCCAGCGACAGCCCCAAAACAUCACUGCUCUAGAGGAGAUCUGCAUGGAGGAAUGGGCCAAAAUACCAGCAACAGUGUGUGAAAACCUUGUGAAGACUUACAGAAAACGUUUGACCUGUGUCAUUGCCAACAAAGGGUAUAUAACAAAGUAUUGAGAAACUUUUGUUGUUGACCAAAUACUUAUUUUCCACCAUAAUAUGCAAAUAAAUUCAUAAAAAAUACUACAAUGUGAUUGUCUGGAUUUUUUUCUUCUCAUUUUGUCUGUCAUAGUUGACGUGUACCUAUGAUGAAAAUUACAGGCCUCUCUCAUCUUUUUAAGUGGGAGAACUUGCACAAUUGGUGGCUGACUAAAUACUUUUUUCCCCCACUGUAUAUACUUUUAUUUUUAUUUUUUUUAUUACAAAUGACUGUCAUCAGUUGUUACCUUGAUGUAGAACUCACUAGUGAGUGGGCAAGACAUUAGAAUAAAAACAACUUUUAAUAAUUGUAUUGAAAAGUGCAACAGCAAACAUAUUUAUACAGGUGAAUUAAACAACCUUUUGUAUUUAAAAGUACAACUGAAAACUGUUUGCGCAGGACACCUCAUUUCCAUAUGUUGGGUUGAUUUGUAAUCCAUAAUUUUUCUGGAUGAGUAACAUGGGUCUGAAUUUGGUAAAAGCCAUCUCCUCUUUGGCAAUACAGUAAACGGUGUUCAAUUUAAUCUGUAGCUGAGUUAGCUCUGCUUGUUGACCGGCUUGGGCUGCCACCUGUUGCCUGUCAAAUAUGGCUGCCUGGUAGUAGAUGUAGUGAUGUUGUUCCUGCCCCCUUCCCCCAAUGCACUUGUCCCGGCACUUGAUGUGCUUUUAGCUUAUGUUAUGUUUUAGCAAUGACUUGUGUUUUAGGUUGACCCAGUAGCAAAAUAAGUCUUCCCUGCUGCUUUUACUCCACACUUCCGACAGUACUCGCAGAACAUUGUGUUGCUAGUUUUGUCCCUCCUUAGCCACUUGAAUUCGCGAAGCCACCCCUCUCGAAACAUGUAGAUCUUUUUAUUUUUCUGAGGUGGUGGAUCGGUAGCAGCAUAUCCGACAUUGUCCUCGUCUUCUUCUGGUUGUGGACAGGGUAUUUUUUUUUUUGGGGGGGGGGGGGGGGGGGGUCAUUUUUAGUAGCACAGUGUUCCCAAAAUAAAAGAUACUGGUCGCACAGCAAAAAAAAUUGUCACAUUGGGGGAGCCCUGAUUCCAGCUUGAAUGUAAAGAUAAUAUGCUGUCUGUCUGUUCCACUCUUAUAGUUCCCCUUUUAAUUGCUGAACUCAAAGCUCGAUCAACAAUCUCCUCUUCCAGCCGGCAGUGAAUAGUGAAGUUGGAGAGAAAUGGUUGAGGGGCGGGGCAUGUUUCUCACAUACCUUAGGGAGUCCCGGUGGGUGUGUUAUUAUUUCUCAUGCCACCCCGUGGGGCUUUGCCCAUGAGGGCCUUGCCAGGCAGAGGAGAGUGUAAAUGGCAGUAAUUGUCAUUAGUGGAGCGACAGGUCGACUAGUGGAGCAUCGGGACACAUGCUGGCUCCCGUGGCUACAGUUGAAACAUUCUAAGUUGUGUGGCUCGUGCCAGCUGGGAGUAGGCACGCAAAUUAUUGUAAUUUGUUAUGGUGUUGUUUUGACUACUGACCUGGGACCUGUUCAGGAGGGUGCAAUGUUACAAUAUGUUACAGAACAUUACAAAAUGUUAGACCCCAUACACACUCAGCUUGUACAACGCAUUUGACACUGGUUGUGAUACAUCUGAUUCUGAUAUUGAAGAGUUUUUGUCUGCACAAAGAUGUUUACACAACCAUCGUGCGGUGUCUCCAUAAGGGUUGUGUAAUUACUUUUGUGAAGACAAAACUCUGUUUCAUAACAACCUUUUGUGCGUUGUACAUACAGUAAGAUACGAUUAUCCGUCAUGUAGAAUAGGAAGUCGUGUCAACUGUAUUCGUUACAUUUCGAUAUAUAACAUUCAAAAUGUUUGACCUCACUGAACACACCCCAAGACAAGCAAGCACACACAUUUUCUUCAGGAAAUGUACCUUUUCAAUCCCACUCCCAGGCUAGGUUAGGUUGCUCUCCCCCAGGUUCCUGGUUGGCCAUGUUUUGUUAACCCCUCGUUGUGGUUGUCUUUAUCCAGAGUGUGGAGCACCGUGUGCUUUCCAGGGACCCAUCGGCCGACCUGGAGUACAGCAAGCAGCCCGACUCGGGCCUGUCGUCCCCCAACAACACGAUGCUCCUGGCGGGGUCGGGGCAGGCCCAGCAACCGGCCCACUUCGACAUGUGCUCGCCCUCCAGCACCCUGUCCAACUACGACUCAGCCAGCUCCAGCCAGUGUAGCACGGGAGAAAAGCGGAGCGGCUCGCCCCCCUCAUCACGAGCCCCCGCCGGUCAGUCACACACACACACACACACACGCGCACGCGCACUUAAACAUGCACACACACACAGAUGCACUUAAAUAUGCACACCACCCGCGCACACACAUGCACGCACACACACACACACACACACACACACACACACACACACACACACACACACACACACACACACACACACACACACACACACUAUUUCGAUUAACUUCCUGAACUGGCUAGUUCAGAUUUCACAGGGGAAAAAUAGUCAUUUUCGUGCUAUGGUGAGGCAAUCGGUGCCGGGAUCUAUGAAUACACUAUUUGUAUGAUUUUCCUAGCCUGAUAUGAAAAACAGUUUGUGCUUUAGCCAACUUUAGAGUGUGUGUGUGCCCCCAAACAUGACAUGACAUCUUUGAUUCGUAAUGUGUACACUGUUAUCAUAACAACAAUUGUGGGAACUUCCACUGCUCAUCUGACUGGAACAAAUUCCAUGUAACAAUUUGCAUUCCUUUGUGUGAUGCCACAGCAGCGCUCCAUACUAGUGCUUCCCUCUAGUGGCAGGUAGGAGAAAUCUGUCUGUGAAUCAACCAAAUAUCAAUCCCCUGCAUGCUCUCCAGACCAAGCGUCUCCAAAUGCGAUCCUGGAGAGCUACUGGGUGUGCAGGCUUUUGUUCCACCCCUGCACUAUUAUUUGAAAAAGGUGUGUUUACAACAUAAUAUAAUGGAUUUUAUAGCGCUUUUCCAGUUGUGCAAAGCACUUUACAUAAUUAUGUGGAUGAAAUGAAAUCAUCCACCAGCUAUAAUGUGCAAUACCCAACCUGGGUGAUUCUAUGUCCUUAGAAAUAUAAUUCCUAUAAUGGCCGUUAGUCCACCCAUCACCCACCCAUUGACUUGAAUGGUGAUGUCUGUUCAAUGAAUUCUAGCUAUUUCUAUAACCACCUCAUCCAUUUUGUGACAGAAAUCUCACCUCUGACCAAUUGUGUCCUUGUCGCAGGCGGAGGCCCAGCGGAGUCAGACAUCAAUGACAUGCAGACCUACAUUGACAUGCUCAACCCUGACGUGAGGGCUCAGCCGCCUCCCCCACCCCCUCUCCCUGACUCCCCCUCCCAACCGCUCCUGCCUCCCCCCGGAUACCCACCGCCACAGCCCCCUGCGGACUCCGCCGAUAUCUAUCUGAAGGUGAAGAGCAACCUGAGGCAUGUGGAGGAGAAGGUGAGCUUUCGCUCUUCCUUUACUGGUGAAAAGCAGAAGGGCACAACUCGGGUUCCUCAAGGGACACAGUCCUGUUGUUUUCAUGUUAACCAAUCCCUGGUGUAGAGAUGAAAACGCACACACUGUCAAGCUCUCACUUGCACACAAAGGCUUCAUGUUGUCUCACACACUCUAACCCCAAUCUCUCUCACACACACACACACACACACACACACACACACACACACACACACACACACACACACACACACACACACACACACACACACACACUAUUAAGUCACUUGUACAUGCUAUCCUAUUAAUUAAGAAGCCUUUUUGAAGACAACAUCUUCUGUGUCCAUUGAGAGAACAUUCUGUAACCAGGAAUUAAGGAGAUAGAUUUCCUCUCAACCUAACCAUUCGAUGCCAUUGAGCCCCCAGUCUAAAAAUUGCUGUUCUUUUGGUUUUCUCUGGGUGCUGGUGACAAAUGGCCAAGUCCUCACAGAGCCUUUCGAUGCCAUCCUAGCAUGGAAUAGCAUAGCGUAGAAAUAUCCCAGGCACAUGAUGCCACAGGAUGGGUUGACAGGGAGCCAAUGGAGAACGGGUGGACGGCCUGGCCUAGUGGACCCAGUUGGUGUGAUUGCGUGAUUGAAUGCUCCUCACUGCUCAUUCAUUCAGAUAAGACUGCUAAGUUGAUCAAACAGACCCCACUAUUAGCCCGCCAUAAGAACAAACAGCUCAGAUACAGUUCAGCAACAAUUCAGAUACAGAUCUAGGACCAGCUUACCCCACCCCAUAUUAGGAGAGGGAACUCUCAGAGCCUUCAAUUGGCAAAGGCAAUUGUGAAUGCAGGUUUUCAUGGCUGUACAAAAUCAGUUCAUUACUGUCCAUCUCCUGUAUCUGCUUGAUCACAGGUCUUAACAAAUCACAUAAGUUGCAUGGACUCAUUCCAUGUUCAAUAAUAGUGGUUAACAGGAUUUUUGCAUGACUACCCCAUCUCUGGACCCCACACAUACAGUUAUCUGUAAGGUCCUUCAAUCGAGUAGUGAAAUUCAAGCACAGAUUCAACCACAAAGACAGGGGAUGUUUUUCAAUGCCUCGCGAAGAAGGGCACUGAUUAGUAAAUGUGUAAAACUAAAGAAAAGCAGACACUGAAUAUCCCUUUGAGCAUUAUGAAGUUAUUAAUUAGGAUUUGGAUAGUAUAUCAAUACACCCAGUCAUUACAAAGAUACAGGCGUCCUUCCUAACUCAGUUGCCGGAGAGAAAGGAAACUGCUCAGGGAUUUCACCAUGAGGCCAAUGGUGAUUUUAAAGAGUUUAAUGGUUGUAAUAUGAGAACUGAGGAUGGAUCAACAACAUUGUAGUUACUCCACAAUACUAACCUAAAUGACAGUGAAAAGAAGGAAGCCUGUACAGAAAAAAAAUAUUCCAAAACAUGCAUCCUGUUUGCAACAAGCAACUAAAGUAAUACUGCAAAAAAAGUGGCAAAGAAAUUAACUUUUUGUCCUGAAUACAAAGCAUUACGAUAGGGGGAAAUCCAACACAACAUAUCACUGAGUACCACUCUUCAUAUUUUAAAUCAUGUUGGUGGCAUGCUUCUCAUCGGCAAGGACUAGUGAGUUUUUGUGGGAUAAAAAUAAACAGAAUAUAGCUAUAAGCACAGGCAAAAACCUAGAGGAAACUUGGUUCAGUCUGCUUUCCAACAGACACUGGGAGACGAAUUCACCUUUAACCUAAAACACAAGGCCAAAUCUACAAUGGAGUUGCUUACCAAGACAACAUGUAAUGUUCCUGAGUGGCCUAGUUAAAGUUUUGACUUAAAUCGGCUAUGGCAAGACUUGAAAAUGGCUGUCUGGCAAUGAUCAACAAUCAGCUUGACAGAGCUUGAAUAAUUUUUUUAAAGAAUAAUGGGCAAAUAUUGUACAAUCCAGGUGUGCAAAGCCCUUAGAGACUUGCCACAAAAUAAUUGACUCAGGGGUGUGAAUACUUAUGUAAAUUAGAUUCCUGUAUUUCAUUUUCAAUAAAUUUGCAAAGAUUUCAAAAAACAUGUGUAGAUGGGUGAGGAAAAAAUACAUAUAUUUAAUCAAUUUUGAAUUCAGGCUGUAACACAACAAUGUGGAAUAAGUCAAGGGGUAUGAGUACUUUCUGAAGGCACUGUAAUAUUGUCUGCUCCACCGAGGCGUUUGAAAAUGGGGGCUAAAAAGACAUUUCCAGAGAGUUUAGCGCCUAGCGGAGCGAGGUGACACAGAUUCUUAGUGGGGUCAGGAACCACAGUGUUUGGGUUGCAGCGAGUCGGGGGGCCAUUUUCUCUAUCAUGCCAGCCACUAAUCACUUGGCCAGUCAGUGUAACAGUGUAAGAAUUUCCCUUGUUCCCAGCGUGGAGGCCGACGAGAAGAGGGAUUCUCCAAUCCAUACAAUGUUAUUGCGCUAACGAGGAUCCUCAUUACGAGCCGGCCCUCCCCAUUGGCACCUCUUGAUAAGCAGGGUGACAGGUCUGACGUUAAUUACAGUAAUUACUCUGAUCACAUUGUGAGUGGGCUCCAUAGCUCAAAACAACUUCCCUCCCAAGCUUAUAUUAUGGACGAUAAAAAAAUAUAUAAAAAAAUAACUAUGUAGAGGGGAGCUGGAGAGGAAGGACUGAGACUAGAUUCAUACCCACAUCACCAGGAGUAUAGGUCCGGAGUCUGGGGGGCUAACCACUACGUAGACUCGGGCACAUUUAUGUUUAUUUUUUAUUAUUUUUUUAUUCCUGGUCCACAGAUAUUAUAUUUGUCAUAAAGCACAAUUUAUUUAAAGGUGACAGUUAGUGUAAAGGCCAACAAUUGGCUACCAAGUCACAUCUCUGUCAUAAGUGGCCCCUGAAUGAUGGAGUAUGAAACAUGAUUACAUCAAUUCAGGUUUAGGCUUACGUAUUACAGUAUUCACAUACUGUAACAACAUAACAACCUUGUUGCUAUGGCACGUCUCCAUGGUGAGGGGAGUUGCCAUGGUCUGGGUGUGUGUCGUCGGGCCCAGGGGGGAGGGGCUACUUAAUGAGCUCACCUCCUGUCACGGUACCUUGGUGACGAUCCCCGUGACGCACGCUUGCUAGCUCACACACACAGGAGAGAGUUUUUCCCUGUGUCUAGGGUCCCCAUCUGCCUAGGACGCCAUAGAAACGGCAGAGCAGGGUAACAUCAUCCUGGGAAAUCACUAAUAUUAUAUACCCAUCAGUACCCCUGGACUUAUCUUCACUGAAGUUACGUUAAGUACAAACAAACUCAGAGGGUCCAUUUGUGUAGUGCUAGCGCUAUGUAUGUUUUUUUUCUGCAAUACAGGUUUCCACAGUGCAGAUUUGCUUGAAUUCAACCUCCCCUCAUUCCAUCUUUGUUUGUUAUGUGGCAGGUGAUGUCCUGUGUACAUUGGCCACUCAAAGACCCAGAUUUAAACUCCCAAUGUAUUAUGACUGACAGUGUUUUAUGAUCGACUCCCUCUACAAUAAUGAAGCGUGUAAUAGUAGCUAGUUGUCAACAAAGUGUUGUCUGGCCAUUCAUAGCUAAUCAAAAUGGAGCUGGCAGGAAUUAUUCUAAUCCUUAUGCCCUGGGAGAUUUGCGUGUGGGCAGCCAUGAAGGCUGUGCUGUGCCUGCCCUGCCUGAACCCUUUACUGCUCCAUACUUUGCAUAAGAGCUCAACCGGGCAUGUGCCACGCUGUGGGUUGGUUGUUGGUCAGCGGCCUGCAGCGCUGAUGUCACUGUUGUUGCAAUAGAUGUGCCUUAUUGAUGAGGGCCUGUGGACAAAGUGAGAGGGGCAGGUAGUGGCACAGUAGAGCGCAAGGGGAUGAGGAGAUCUGGUGACGGCUGCUCUCAGUGCACCUCCUGGGCUUCUGGGUUGGAUCUGUCAAGACCAAAGGGACUACUGAGGGGAAAGGGAAUUUUAAACGGUAAGCCUGAAAGUGACCACAGCUUUUUUGUGAUUGACUUGGUUGUUUUAAAGGGGAGCGGAGGGUGUUUUGCGAGCUAGCCUAUCUCUUGGUUUAUGCCGACAUGCGUGUCUAUGUGCACUUGCUUUGUUAGUUAGGGGGAGGGGGUGAUGUGCUCUCUCUCUGUGGUAGAGCAUGGCACUUGCAACGCCAGGGUUAAACGGGUGUCCUUACUCUGUGGUCACUAUAUUUCAGUUAUCGUAAGAGUAGGGGUGUUAACCCUGGUGUCCUGGCUAAAUUCCCAAACAGUUUCUCAAUGGAGGCUUUUUCAUUCAAUGGUCCCCUCACUGAAAGACUACACUGAACAAAAAUAUAAACGCAACAUGCAACAAUUUCAAAGAUUUGACUGAGUUACAGUUUAUAUAAGGAAAUCAGUCAAUUGAAAUGAAUUCAUUAGGCCCUAAUCUAUGGAUUUCAAAUGACUGGGAAUACAGAUAUGCAUCUAUUGGUCACAGAUACCUUAAAAAAUAUAUAAAUAAAAAUAAAAGUAGGGGCGUGGAUCAGAAAACCAGUCAGUAUCUGGUGUGACCACCAUUUGCCUCAUGCAGUGCGCCACAUCUCCUUCACAUAGAGUUGAUCAGGCUGUUGAUUGUGGCCUGUGGAAUGUUGUCCUACCCUUCAAUGGCUGUGUGAAGUUGCUGAAUAUUGGCAGGAACUGGAACACGCUGCCGUACAUGUCGAUCCAGAGCAUCCCAAACGGGCUCAAUGGGUCAAAUGUCUGAGUAUGCAAGCCAUGGAAGAACUGGGACAUGUUCAGCUUCCAGGAAUUGUGUACAUACAGUAUCCUUAAUGGGGCCAUGUAUUAUCAUGCUGAAACAUGAGGUGAUGGCGGCGGAUGAAUGGCAUGACAAUGGGCCUCAGGAUCUCGUUACAGUAUCUCUGUGCAUUCAAAUUGCCUGCCCGUACCAUAACCCCACCUCCACCGUGGGGCACUAUGUUCACAACGUUGACAUCAGAAAACCACUCGCCCACACGACGCCAUCUGCCCGGUACAGUUGAAACCGGGAUUCAUCUGUGAAGUGCACGCUUCUCCAGCGUGCCAGUGGCCAUCGAAGGUGAGCAUUUGCCCACUGAAGUCAGUUACAACACCGAACUGCAGUCUGGUCAAGACCCUGGUGAGGACGACGAGCACGCAGAUGAGCUUCCCUGAGACGGUUUCUGACAGUUUGUGCAGAAAUUCAUUGGUCGUGCAAACCCACAGUUUAAUCAGCUGUCCGGGUGGCUAGUCUCAGACAGGUGAAGAAGCCGGAUGUGGAGGUCCUGGCGUGGUUACACAUGGUCUGCGGUGGUGAGGCCAGUUGGACGUACUGCCAAAUUCUCUAAAAUGACGUUAGUGGCGGCUUAUGGUAGAGAAAUGAACAUCAAAUUCCCUGGCAACAGCUUUGGUGGACAUUCCUGCAGUCAGCAUGCCAAUUGCAUGCUCCCUCAAAACUUGAGACAUCUGUGGCAUUGUGUUGUGUGACAAAACUGCACAUUUUCGUGGCCUUUUAUUGUCCCCAGCACAAGGUGCAUCUGUGUCAUGCUGUUGAAUCAGCUUCUUGAUAUGCAACACCUGUCAGGUGGAUGUAUAAUCUUGGCAAAGGAGAAAUACUCACUAACAGGGAUGUAAACACAUUUGUGCACAAAGUUUGAGAGAAAUAAGCUUUUUGUGCAUAUGAAACAUUUCUUGGAUCUAUUUAUUUCAGCUCAUGAAACAUGGGACCAACACUUUACAUGUUGCGUUUAUAUAUUUGUUCAUUAUAAAAUAUACUUGCUCACAUCUUUCAUAUUGAAUUAUUUACUAUGUAUGAUGGGACAUUUAAAUGCUCAUCGCUUCUGCAACCAUGAGAAACCAACCGUAGAUCUGAUCUAGUAGUUGUCCAUGCAAACUAGAUGUAUGCCACAGCAUAACCACACUGACCAUAGUAAAGUAAAAACAAAAGACCGAAACGGCUAAAUGAACACAGAUAACCGUGUCUGUCAGUGUGGUGGGAGGGGUUGGGGUUGAGGGUGGUUAUGGUCUUGUCCUGGAGGCAGAACUGAGCAAUUUCCCCUUUUUAGAUAGAUCAGCUGCAAAGUCCAAAUUGGCUAUGUUGUAAAAAUGUCUGUAAACAAAAAUGAGCUUUUUGGUCUUAAUUUGUCAGGGUUAGGCAUUAGGGUUAGCAGUGUGGUUAGGGUUAUGUUUAAGAUCAGAUUAUAUGACUUUGUGGCUGUGCCAGCUAGUGACCACUGCAGAGCUGCCCCAUAACAAGAUUCAUGACGAAAAAUGCAUUACCCACUGUUUGCACGCACGGGCGCACACACACACACACACACACACACACACACACACACACACACACUUCUCUAAGUGCUACUUGGGGGCCUCGUCUUUGACAGCAGACGUGAGUCAACAAUGCAAAUACACCCAUAAAGCCACAAAGGACAAGAGAAGAGAAGAAACAACAGGACAAUACGAAGGGGAAGAGCGAGGUCAUGGUCAAUUAUUUCUGCCAGUCUUAGAUUUUUGAAUCUGUUGAAUGUCUCUCUAGCUUUUGCCACGGUGCCUUUUGAAAACGAAAUGAAUGCGACGAAAAUGGCAAUGGCAGUUGUGAUGCUCUUGUUUUGGUGCGAUUUGACAGGCAAAGUGGGUGUCUGAAUUUAGGAAGUUGACCCCAUGGCUUCUACUCAACAGCAAUGUCACUUAGUAAUAUAGCAUAAUCCUGUAUCUGGUUGGUUAUACUCUGUGGACUUGUAAAAAAAUAUAAUUGUCUAUAGUGAUAAGUACAGAGCCCAUAAGAAUAAAUUGUUUUGACGCAAACUGCUGCUUAGGUGCCGUGUGUUAUUUCGUACAGUGCAACUUUUUUUAACGUGUUUUUGUGAGCAUAACUUAAGCAAUCACACACUUAGGCUGUCCACUCACACUGAGUAAGCCUGGCCAAAAGUGGCAAUACUUAACUGAGUUGAGGAGAUGGAAAGAAAAGGCCCACGCAUUCCAGCUUUUGCUAGAGUCAAAGUUGCAAUGAUCCCAAUGCAAAUAGUUGUAAUGCAAUAUUUUGCAUUAGGUAAAUACUGUACCCCCAAAAAGACGUAGGCGGAAAAGCACUACAUUUUAACUUCCCGAACUGACUGAUUUGAAAUGGAAUUGUCCCCAACCCUGGACUACCGCAGUAUCAUGAAAGGUCCUAGCUAUCUUUGAAACAUGGGUCCUUAAGGAUAAACUGUUGUCAGGUGUCUGAGCUUCCUUCUCAACAGGUGGCCUAGAGAGCUAGGAAUGGGAAAGUGAGCAGCCCGGAGAUACAGUAGAGGGCCAUGUUACUGAUCUCUGACCCUUCUUACCUUGAACAGGAACUGUGUACAUGUGAAUUCUUAUUUUCUUUGACCCCAAAUGCUUUUAUGCAAUAUUAAUGGUGAUGCUUUAACCCAGAGGCAAAGAAGAAAAGCCUUUUUUUCCUGGUGCUGUUAAAGCUGCUUCUGCUCGGGUCACUAAAGCCUCUAGAGGUGACAAUUUCUUACACAACGUUUUCUAACCCUCAAAUGUCGACAAAACACAAUGUUGUCCUUUUUGGGUAGAUAGGUUUCAUGUUAGGCGAUGAAGACGUAUUUUUAUUUUGUGAAUGUUCUGUGGUCUACGCUUUGCAACUGUAUAUCACAUGGAACAAAAGACGAUCUGAUUACUUAAAAAAUCGUACUCCUACUUUUGAAGUACCAUAGCUUUUAUAGUUAAGUCUUCCUUCCACACAGCUACUAAACCCCAAAUUUGGCCAGACUGUCUAUUUCAAAAGACCCAAAUGGCAAGCCAAAAAAACAACACGCAAACGCAGACAAAACCCCAACAUAUUUAUUUACUCACUGCUCAUUGGCCCCUCCCAUGUUUCUACCCAGCAACUGACUCCAGAAGAGAACCACGAUAGGCUGCGCAGGGUGGACUCCAACAGAAAGUCUCGGAACUUCAACAAGCAGCCCAGUACGGGGGACUACUACAAAGCCCUGGGUAGCGACGGGGUCGACCAUCGUGGGAGCCGAACCAUGGCGCAUAACAAGGAGGUAAACAGGACCAGACAACCAGGGUUCUCCAACUCCAGUCCUGCAGAGCAAACUGGAUGUGCAGGCUUUUGUUCCAGCCCAGCACUAUAGACCUGGUUCAACUAAUCGUGGUCCAUACCUAAGACCGUGAUUAGUUGAUCAACAGGUGUGAUAGUACUGGGCUGGAACACAAGCCUUGCUCACCCAGUUUCUCUCCAGGACCGUAGUGUAUUCACUGUAGAAGAGGGAGACAUUUGUUUUGGGGGGGUUCAUGGGCUAUUCCUCUUAACUUUUUUUAUAUUUUGUCUGGAUGUUCUGUGACAUACACAAGACCAAUUCUGUAAUAGUCAAGUCAGCGGCACAGCAUCAUGAUGGCUACCAUACCAUGCCCCCCUACAGUCAACUGGCUGGCACAAACAGGACUGGCUCCUGUAGCGGUCAGUGCACCCCCUAGUGACUGCCCUCUAGUCUAGCAGAACUCUGUCCCUCCCAGGCUUUAAUCAACACCUCAACCCAGGGCUUGCUGGCCCACCUCACAAGCCAGCACAGUGCAGCACUACUCUGUCGCGAGGCAGGGUCUCCCUUGUAGAAAAUAUGAAGAUCCCAUCUCUAUUGUAUACUAUAAACGAUAGAUUAACACAAACAUAAAAUAAACUACUGUCCUUAAGGGCUGCAGUAUUGCUAUUGUUUGAAUUGUUCCCUGACAUUUAAUGGAUGCCUUCAUGUCAUUGAUAGGCCAGGGGUAUAAUUUAGUCUCUGAUUUGAAAAGGCAAGGAGGAAAACCAGUGUACACUUUGGCCCUCAAGGACUGGAGUUGUGCACCUGGGGCUAUGUGUGGCUAUGUAGGGUGAGACAGAGUUAGGUGUAUUUUGGCUGUGGCCAUCGUGUUGCGUUAGCCUUGGGUCACCGCCAUAGAAAUAUCAUUGUUAUAGAAAGUAAUGCUAUUUCUAUGGUCACCACACACAGCAGUGUUUGCCUGUGUGUCUCACGCUGUGUACCCUUGUUUGCCAUUUGGUUGCCAUCCAAUGCCAACUUACUAACUGCUGCACUCUCAUUUCCAUCACCGCCAGAGUCUCCGUCCUGUUGUGCAAACUCACCUGCAGAACACAGACCCAAAUAAACUGAGUACAAUUCCAUAGCUUACAAAGUGAAGCUAACCAGGACUGACUGCACUACCAGGGAAAUUAAAUGCUUUAAAUGCAGAUUUGAAUUUGUAUAAACCUGUGCUUUACCUUUAAAAAAGUAAUUAAGGUAUGUCUUGUUUCAGGUAUAAUCCAUGUUGGCUUUGUGGUUUUGUUUCAAGGUUGUACUCACUAAACCUAAAAAAUAUUGUCUCAAAUAAAAUAAAAUAAGCAAAAUUGCUAAUUCUUGGUCAACAUUGAGCAGACAAAUAUUUACACAGACACGUAUCAAUCAGGUCCUGCACGCAUAGUCAACAGCCCCCCCAGGGAGCGGCCCAUAAUCUCAUGGGUAUCGACAGUUUGGUGUAAUCUACAUUGAGCCAAUUAGGACCUCCGUGGGGCGUCCUAACUCCCCUACCCGUCCCCGAGGACCGGACAGAUGGCGCCCCACGUCCCUCUCGGCUUAUCAUUAUCGACAGCUGGGGCCCGGCGCGUGUUGGAGAGGGACCCCCGUGGGACCCGCCUCUGGAUGACCCCACCCCCCUCAUUAUAGGGGAAGAGGGGCAUAAUGACAGGCACGCGUCUAAAAAGAGGAGGAGGAAGGGGGUUAAAUGUCACAGUCCAUUAACUCUGUAACAGCUGUGUUAGAGAGUGUCACUGUCAGGCUGUAGUGGGGGGUGGUGAGGAGGGGUGGGGGGGGCUAUCACUCACAGCAACAGAUAUCCCCCCCCACCCCACCCCACGUCCCAGAAGGACCCUAGAUUAUGCCAUGUUAACUCCAUUAUUAUUCCCAUUGGGUGUUAUGUCUUAAAUUUAAGACAGCAAAUGUCUAAUUGAGCCUUCAUUUUAGAGUCAACUACCAUACAUCUGUCACAGUAUUACUCCCCCUCUCCUCCCACUACAAUAAUGUUAUUGGCCCAGCCUAGCACCGCACUGCUAGAAUGUCUAUUGGCAUGUAUUUCUGCGAAGACAGGUGUGAUAUGGUUCAUUGGCUCCUACCAUUAUUACAACUUCCUCUCAGCUGUCAAGGAAUGAGAUCACAAUAAGAUCCGGAUGGGUGAUGUUUUGACUGUGCAAAAAUGGGGAGAUGUUACAAAAAUAUAUAUAAAAAUAUAUAUUCACUAUUUUAGCUGCAUUUUGUUAUUUUCAAGAUGUCCAUGGCAAGGGAUUGAUUUGGGUUUAAAGUUAACAGUACCGUGUAUGCAAUUCAAUCAAGUGUCGUACAUAGUAUUUGAAAUCUCUGCAUUUUAGCUCUGUCAAAAUGGGGUCCUUUAUAUUUAAGAUGGACAGGCAACCCUUAUCAUUUUCCUCCUGUUAUAAUAUAUUUUGACUGGUGGGAUAUGGACUAAACAUUUUUUAUUAUAUUCUUUAUGAUCCAAUCAGGGUUCUGUGUUAUUGGAGGAGUCAGCCGACAGCCCCGCCCCCAGCCCAGAGAACCGCACCACCGAAGAGUUGGCCCUCCCUCUGCCUCCUCCCCUGCCCCCCCUCCCCAUCAGCAAUCCCACCCGGGCACUCCCUCCUCCCCCGCCGCUGCCUUCAGAAAUGCCCACCUACCAGUACAGCCCUUCCUCAAGCACCAACCAGCGACGCCCCUCCUCUUCAGGAAGUGAGUCAUCACUCCCCCUUCCUUUCUCCUUUUCUCCUUUCUCCUCUCUUUCUUGCAUUGUGCUUCUCUCCUCUUGUGACUACAGUGCUUUCUGAUUUUUUUUUUUUUCAUGUUACAUUUGCUACUCUAGUUUCACAGAUGGCAAAACCAGUGUGAAGUGUCAAUAGACUCCUUCUCCACUCCACUGAUAAUGCAAUAAUUCCUGGAAAGCUGAGUUGCGGCAGGUGCAAAACGGGAACAAUGUUAUCUCAUUCUGUAGACUGAGAGAUGAGUCUGGCCUUACCGUCCCAGAUAACUGAUUACAAAUGUAUGCCCUCACUCAGGGCUAUCGUUACCUUGAGAACCGGUUUAGUGUUCAGCCAUUUGCUUAAUUGGCCCCGUCUCUCUCUCUUUGCCCUGACUGACUGACACUACCUGGCAUGGUUGCUCUUUGCCCCGUCUGCUACUCUGUUCUAGUUACAAAGAUGGUGGUUAUUUGCUAUGGUUGGGGGAAAUUUGAAUUUGGCGAAAUGUUCAAUUGAGUUGUUAUGCUCUUAUCCAAAGCUUGCUUCCUCAAUCAAUCAAUCAAUCAAAUUGUAUUUAUAAAGCCCUUUUUACAUCAGCAGAUGUCACAAAGUGCUAUACAGAAACCCAGCCUAAAACCCCAAACAGCAAGCAGAAGCACGGUGGCUAGGAAAAACUCCCUCGAAAGGCAGAAACCUAGGAAGAAACCUAGAGGAACCAGGCUCUGAGGGGUGGCCAGUCCCCUUCUGGCUGUGCCAGGUGGCGAUUAUAACAGUACAUGGCCAUUAAGGCCAGAUUUUUCUCCAAGAUGUUCAAAUGUUCAUAGAUGACCAGCAGGGUCAAAUAAUAAUCACAGUGGUUGUAGAGGUUGCAACAGGUCAGUACAUCAGGAGUAAAUGUCACUUGGCUUUUCAUAGCCUGUCAUUUAGAGGUUGAAAUAGCAGGUGCGGUAGAGAGAGAGUUGAAAACAGCAGGUCUGGGACAAGGUAGCACGUCCGGUGAACAGGUCAGGGUUCCAUAGCCGCAGGCAGAAGAGUGGAAACUGGAGCAGCAGCACGACCAUGUGGACUGGGGACAGCAAGGAGUCAUCAGGCCAGGUAGUCCUGAGGCAUGGUCCUAGGGCCCAGGUCCUCCGGGAUGGGAGGGAGAGAACUUUGCACUUUGCUAUAACUUUGCACUUUGCAACAGCAUUUUGACCAUAGAGAGAGAACACAGAUGUUGCUGGUUUAGAACUGUCCCCAGGUAAGAUGGCCAAAAUCUUUUUCCAUUCCAGAGCAUUGGGGCACUGCGUCAGCACUAUGAUGUCAGCCUCUCUAUAGUCAAAACCAUAGAGAGAAAGCGUUCUCAUAUUUGAUUUGUCCUGUUGAAUUUGACACUCAUCUGUCUUCUACUACGGUCUUCUACUAACAAGCUCUCUUCUUCCUCCUUCAAUUGUGUCAAUGGUCCUAUCCCUCUCUCCUCUCCUCCCCUCCCCUCCGGAACACCUGCUAUCUGUCUGCAUGUGUCUACCCCUUCUCGCUCUCCUUCUCUUCUCUCUCCACUGCUGCCUAUCCAAGGUGGGGAGUUUCUGUCCCCCUCUAGUCAGCCAGAAGGCGGCCCACUCAGGGUGACA